CAAGCAGAAGCUAUAGCAAUGGAGCAAGACGGUGUCGUUUCUAAACCAGUUGCAGUGAUCGUCUGCAUAGCAAUGGCGUUUCUCUACGUUGCUAUCCUAUACGCACCCACCGUGCUCCUUCGUCUCCCACCUCCUUCUUCUCUCAAAAAUUUCAUGAUUCGACGCUUCCUAUGCGCCUUCGUUUCAUCCAUCCUCUCUUUCUUCCUCUCUGUUCUCAUCCUCCCAGUGCAAAAUAAGGAACCGCGGUAUAUUUUUGGUGUUUAUGGCAUCCGAGUGGAUCACAUUUGGCAAGCUGUGGUCCUUCCACUUUCCUUGACCUCUCUAAUGUAUGCUGGGUCUUUGUCCCUCAAGUCUCUUUUGUUGCUGGAUUCUUGGAGGCAACACACAAGUUCUGGUGGUGCCCUUUCCUUUGAUUCCUGUAAAUACGUCUUGCGGAUGUUGCUUGGCUGGUUAUCUGCAACUUCAUCAAAUGUUUUGGCAUGGCGAAACUAUAUUGUGGCACCCCUUACUGAGGAGUUGGUGUUUAGGGCUUGCAUGAUACCUUUACUUCUCUGUGGAGGAUUUAAGACAUAUAGUGUCAUACUUCUUUGCCCUAUUUUCUUCAGCUUGGCACAUUUAAAUCAUUUCAUGGAGAUUUACGCGAAGCAAAACUACAGAAUAAAGAAGGCUGUUAUGGUUAUAGGUCUCCAACUUGGCUACACUGUUAUCUUUGGGUCAUAUGCAUCCUUUCUUUUCAUUCGAACUGGACAUCUUAUAGCUCCAUUAGUUGCUCACAUAUACUGUAAUUUUAUGGGACUGCCUGUAUUGUAUUCGUCCAGAAGUGGGAUAGUAAGUGUAGCAGUCAUACUGGGAUUCCUGGGCUUCUUGUGGCUUCUUUCCCCAAUGACCGGCCCAGAUUUGUAUAAUGAUAGAAUAGAUAAUUGCAGUUGUUGGCAAGGGUAUUGCUCAUGGAGACAGGGAAUAGCAAAGUCCUAGAUGUGAAUGUUAGACAAGAAUUAGAGAACAAAGAAUGAAUUCUAUAAGAAAGUUUUACUUUUUUAUUUAUCUAUUUGUUUUAUCAUUUUUUUAUUCUUUUUCAAGCUUUAACAUAUUUAUUUAUGCUUCUUAGCUUCUAUUUUUUAUUCUUUGGAUAAUUGGUGGGUCCCAC